AUGAGUAAAAGAGAUUCAUCCUCUGUUGCUUCUUCCAUAUCAAGAAAGUCAGAUCAUAGAUCCUUACUAGAAACAGUUGGUAAUGGAUCUGAAGAAGCAUACAAAAAACGCGAAAAUGAAUUAUUAGAUAAAACAAUUGUCGAAUUUCCAAAAAAUCAGACUGAUGGCGUUACCGCUCAAACAAAAUAUCUCGAUUUAUCCAAUAUUGUCAAUACAAAAAUCAAUGUAAAAUCUUUUCCAAGUAAAUUAGUUGUUCUUCGCUUAACAGGAACCAAAAUCCCUCAACUCAGUGAAUUUCCACAGCUUGACUACUUGCGAACUCUCUACUUAGAUCACUGCAAUUUAACUUCUCUUGAAGGACUUCCGAGAUUUUCUAAGCUUAGAUACCUUUAUUUGAAUGAUAACUCCAUUAAGAAUUACCAAGGAAUCUCAAUAUACCCUGAAUUAACACUUCUCGAUCUCUCAAACAACCCAGGAAAGUUUACAGCAGAAUCUGCUUUACAAGCAACGGGAUCAAUUCGCCUUUCCAUCUUCAACGGUAUUGCAAUUACACGCGCAAACAUUCGCCAAGCGUUUAAAUCUCCUAUCGUUGGAAUUGCGCUCAGAUCCGGAUUAAAUCCAGAAAAUGCAACAGAACAAGAAGCAACCGAAUUUCUUUCAAGCGAUAUCAUACAAGUAUGCAAUGACCUUAAUCUUGACAUUGCUCUUGCUCGAAUUACGUUUAAACAAACAGAAGAUAACAAUUAUGUUGCAGAAAUGCCAAUUCCUCUUACAGAUCGUCCAGAAGAAAAUCAUGCUUACGAUAUCAAGUGGUAUAUGUCAUCCUGUCCGUUCCUAAAUCAAAAAGGAGAAGAAUGGGAAGAAAUUAAGAUGAGAACACAAGAAAACUCAAUAACAAUACUCAAUAUCAUGCACCAGCAUAUUAUCAAAGCCACAUUCAAGCUUUACUUACCAAAUUCAAAAGAUCCAAACAAAGUUUACUCAAUGUACGCUUCGCAAGUCGUUGGCUACCAGAAGGGACAACUCGUACUUCCUUUCCCUGUCGAUCCGAUCGUUUGCGGAGAGCCAAGAGAAGGAACUUUGAUUUCCGUAAUGCCAAUGCCUAUUCCUUCAAGAACAAACUGGUAUAUCGAUACAGACUUAAUACUUGAGAACUCGGAGACCCUUAAUUUGACAUACGACCAUGUUGGAAAGGUAAUAAAAUGCGUAAUACAACCUUAUUGCACAGAGCUUCCUGAUGAGAGAUUCAACGAGUUAGAGACCGAAACAGAAGUUGUACAGCCAUUACUUCCAAGCGUCACUGGCCUCUCAUUCCCAAAGGAAGUCAUCGAGGGACAACAGAUCAAAUUUACGCGUCAAAUUUUGCCCGAUCGCGAAGGUGACUCGGAAAUUACGAUCGAAAGGGCAAAAACAGCUUCAGACGAAUGGGUUGAGUGUACAACAUUAAAUCCAUCAAGUUUAGUUUACACUCCAACGAAAAAUGACGUAAAUUGUUUCUUGAGGCUCAAGUAUUUACCUGUUCUCCAAGACGGCUCAUCCAUUGACGAGCCACAGAUCUUCUACAGCAAGGAGCGCGUCAUUCCUGCUCUUCCUUCUUUCAAGAAUCAGAGAAUCUGCGGAGAUUUCUUCGUUGGAAGAAAAGUAAUCGCAAUCGCUGAUUACGAAGGCGGAGAAAUGGGUGAAUGCCAUUUCCAAUGGUACUCUUCUCAAAAAGAAAUCAAGUCAAAAAGUGAAGUGACCAAAUGUAAAAAAUUGAGAACAACCAGCCAAAUAUUAGAACUUGGUGAAAGUGAAUUAAACAGAUACGUUGUCUGUUUAAUGACACCAAUACGCGAUGAUGAUGUUUCAGGUGAAGAAGUUUUUUGUUGUUCAGAGAAAACGAUAGAAACUGAUGAAAAUCCACCAGAAAAAAUCAAUCUUCCGAAAGAAAUCUUCGCGUUCAAGCCAAUUUCUAUUGAUUUCUACUCAAGAUGGUUUGUUUCUUCAACAGAAGACGAAGAAUCAUUCGAAUCUGCUGGAACAGGCCAAAUUUUCACGCCAAAUUUGUCUCACGUAGGAAGAUUCUUAAGAAUUAAAUCAGAAAAAGGUGACUAUAUUUUGGAUAUUGUCAAACCGUCGGCACCUUUAAUUGUAAACGGUUUUGAAUUAAUUACAAAAAGUGACGAAUUAAAAGAUGGCGACAUCAUUGAAAUUCCGGACGAAAUCGAGACAGAAAACUGCGAAAUUGUUUGGAUAAGGAACCAAAACGGAAAAGCAAUUGUUGUUGAUGUAGAAUCUAGAUCAUAUAAAAUACAAGAAUCAGAUGUUGGAUAUACAAUUAAAUGCGGAGUAACUCCUCAAUUCGAAAACUCCCAAAUUGUUUAUUCCAAAUCAACAACAAAAAUUUCAAAGGCAAUGCGUCAAAAACCGAAAAUUGUCAAAUUAGAAGAUGGCAAUUUAUCUCUCAAUUUCGAAGGCACUGUUUACUCAAUGAAAUGGUUUAGAUCUAGAGAUAAAGUUGAAUUUGAGCACAUUUGCUCUUUUGUUUUCUCUGGUUUCGACAGAAAUACAGAGUCCGAAAAUUAUACUUUAUUUGUUCCUCAGAAAAAUUCAAAAGAAAAUUUGCAAAAAGUCAAAGAAAAUUUGGAUGUUUCUGAGUUAUCUUACAAAAUUACUGAUGCAGAUACAAACUGCUACAUGAAAUGCGAAGUAGAAUUAGGAAAUCUUCAGGUUGUUAAAGGUCAAACCGUUGUCAAACCGUCAGGUGAAGUGAUUUCUGCCACUACGAAAUCAUUCAUCAAAGCACCAGAUUUCCUUUUGUAUUUCGACAGAAUUCCAGACAGUUUACGCGAAAACGAGAAAAUUACUUUGCAAGUCAAAGGCUCUUUAUCUCAAAUUCCGAAAUACUACUGGUUGUUGAAGACUGUCGAUGAAGAAACAAAUGAAGACUCAUGGACGGUUAUUUCUGACUGUUUGUCAUUUAUUCCGAACAAAGAACAUAUUGGAUGCCAAAUCAGAGCUGUUGCAACAACAAACAAAUACAAAAUUGAUGAUUUGUUUAAAGAAAAUCUCCCUGAAAACCAAAUAUUGGAUAUGCCUGAAAUAAAACCGUCACUUCCUAUCGUCAAAGACAUAAAUAUUUCACAAGAUGAUAAAGGAAAAAUUGUCAUAACCGCUAAUUACAUUGGUGGCAAACCGUCAAAACCGUUAGUUAUAUUAGGCUGCACAGGAAGCGACGGAGUCACAAUUGAAGAGAAAUCAGUGAACGAACAAUCAAUUUCUAUUGAAAAUGACGAUAAAAUAAUCGUAAAACUGACACCAUGGCGCGAAAUGUUUUUCGGAACUAAAACUCCGAAAAUUAAUGUUUGCAUCACGCCCGUAAGAGAUGACGGUUUGAAAGGAAAACCAGUUUGGUCAAAUACAACUGCUAUCGUUAAAAAAGUGACACAUAUUGACAAAAUACGAAUAGCAAAUGGAAGCAAGAACAAAGAACAAAAAGUUGGCGAUGUUUUGAUGUGUAAAGUUGUUCCUUUCGAAGGAGAAAAUGAUGAAAUCGAUCAUUGCGAAUUUGAAUGGACAUUUGAAACAGAAAUUAAUGAUCACUUCACUUCACUUUUCGAAGACCAAAUCUCUAAACUCACAAAGAAGAAAUCUAAAAGUUUGUUGUCCGAUUCUGAUGAUGAAGACGAUACAAAAAGUGACAUUCUUACUCUUAAACAGACAGAUUCCGAAAACAACGAAUACGAGUUGAUUUACGACCAAUCUGAAAACAAAGUUCGUAAAUUCUACUCAAGAAGACAAAUGCCUUCAAUUAUUUUGACAGAAGACGAUAGCGAAAACCGUUUGACAGUCAAAGUUUGGGUUAUUAAUAAAUACGGCUUCGAAACAUCAAAAACAAGUCAUUUGAAGAUCCAAAAACUCGGCCAACAAGAUUUAAUCCCAGAAUUAUUAAUAAAUGUCAAAAAUAAAAAGAAGAAAGGUGACAAAACCGACGACGAUAGCCAAGUUUACACUGAUUCAAUUUUGACAUGCAGCUUUGUUAAUUUUGAUAAUGAAAACAAUGAUGAUUUGACAUGGUUUGUUUGCCAAAACGAAAAUUACGAAGAUGAAGAAGAAAUUAUUUGUGAUGAUUCAUUUACACCGAAUGCCAUGUUUUGCAACAAAUUUGUUUUCGCAAAAUGUGGCGAAUUGAAGUCAAAUUUAGUUGGUCCUGUUUUGCCACAACAAAAAGUAGAAACAUUGGCAAAGAGUUACUACAAAUCAGGAACAUUGAAAUUCAAAGGAGAUGCUCCAGUUGGAAACGGAAUUUGGGAUGUUUCUUUCACAUUAAAUAACAUUGUUUUGACAGGAAGAAACAAUGUUACAAAAUCAACUGAAUGGAAGAGUGUCAACAUUGUUAUUGUUGACAAUGAGAAAAUAAAGAUUGAAACUGGUCCAGGAAUGAAAUAUUUGAUGAUUCCUAACAUAAACAAAGAUUUCUCACAGAAAGAAUCUUGUGAUUUGUGUUACUUAAUUUUCCAGAAAUACAUCAAUUCUCCUCCAGAAGAAUCAUUACAAUCUCCUUCGAAAGUUUCGACAAAAAGAUCUGACGCAUCAUCUUCUGUAUCUCCAAGAUCAAGCAGAAGAAAUGACAAUCACUCUGUUACUUCUUCACCAAGAACUCCAAGGAAAUAA